AGCUGAAUUAGCAUCAAUAAGAUAUUUAAAACUUGCGCCAUUUCUCCGAUGAAGAAUACUGCGUCAGGCGGGUUAUUGUUGCCGUGGUGACGGCGGUAGUCACGUGGUUUCCGGUGAAGGAAAAAUAGGGAGCUUCGUGUCCGAAUCGCUAAGAGAAUGAGUGCACUACGUAGUGUACUAUGUAGUGCAGCCCUAUGCCGUGAACGAGGGGUCAGGGAGUAGGGUGCACAUUCGGACACAGCCUUUGUUUUAGUUUAACGGCUACAGACGGAGCGGAGAGCUGCUGGACCUUCAGACAAGAACCAGAAUGGAGGAGCAGAACCAGGACCAGAACCCCACCAACAGGAACAAAGCUGGAUCAUCCUCUGAUACCACAGGGCGGCAGACACAUGGAGACCAAAGGAGACCUAAACAUAACGGUGGUCGAGACAGUAAGAAAGUCUUCAUCGGUGCAUCACAACCAAAGCGAUGUCGGAGAAGUCACACUGGAGAGAAACCAUACACCUGUGAUCAGUGUGGAGCAGCUUUUAUUCAGUCUGAUACUUUAAAAAGACACCAACGUAUUCACACUGGAGAGAAACCAUACACCUGCGAUCAGUGUGGAGCAGCUUUCUGUUAUCCAAGUCAUUUAAAAAGUCACCAACGUAUUCACACUGGAGAGAAACCAUAUAGAUGUGAUCAGUGUGGCGCCGCUUUUAGGCAGUCGGAUAGUUUAAAAAGUCACCAACGCAUUCACACUGGAGAGAAACCAUACAAGUGUGAUCAGUGUGGGGCAGCUUUCGGUCACUCAAGUCAUUUACAAAGUCACCAACGUAUUCACACUGGAGAGAAACUAUACUUGUGUGAUCAGUGUGGAGCAGCUUUUACUGAGUCUGGCACAUUAAAAAAACACCAACGUAUUCACACUGGAGAGAAACCGUACAGGUGUGAGCAGUGUGGAGCAGCUUUUACUGAGUCUGGUGCUUUAAAAAAACACCAACGUAGUCACACUGGAGAGAAACCGUACAAGUGUGAUCAGUGUGGGGCAGCUUUCAGUCAUUCAGGUCAUUUACAAAGACACCAGCGUAUUCACACUGGAGAGAAACCGUACAGGUGUUAUCUGUGUGGGGCAGCUUUUAAUGAAUCUGGUGCUUUAAAAAAACACCAACGUAUUCACACUGGAGAGAAACCUUAAAUGUGCCAGGAGGGUGGGGCAACUUUCAGUCAUUCAGGCAAUUAGAAAAACAAACAUAAUUAUACUAAAUUUUGUGGGAAAAAUUUUGUGGAAAAUUUUUCAAGUACAUCAACAAAGGUAUCACUAAAACCUGGUACACACAUAAGGAUUUUUUUUAAUCUUAUGAGAUUUUUUUAUCUUGUCGAGACCUCACAUGUGAAAAUAAAAAAAUCAGGCAUUUAACCAUUUUGAUCAUACUGUGUGUGGCGGCGCCAAUAAUCUAAUCACAGAGCAACACACACAUAAUGAUGCUGUCCCGCAACUGAUCUACAAUCUAGUCCUCUGAGCCGGACAUCUCGCGUGACCAAACAUGUUCUAACAAAACUGUAGAAAAAGAACCAUAACAACAACCGGCAAAACCAUUAAGAAGAAGAAGAAACAUAGCAACUGGAAAACACAACACACAGCAUGGAAGAGGAUAUAUAGGACGCGGGAAUGAUGGUGGUCUUGGGACUAUUGUUAACAGAAAAAGCCAGAACUGAAGAAAAAUAACAGACUGGAGACGGCGUGAACACAGACUUUAUAUCCGUCCUUGUUCCCCAACCAGCUCGCUCUCUGACUGGCUACAGUCCGGCCCACAUCACCAUCCACACAGUCACAAUUUACAAGUCGUCGACUUUCCUCACACAUAUAAAGAUAUCGGGUCGUAAAUAUAGACCAUGUUCAAUAUUUCUAAUUCUAGGCUACGACCCGUUUCGGAGACAAUUAUCGGGACAAAUCUGCUCGUAACACACCUCAGACCAAAUGAUAAUUGUCCAGAAAAAUCUUAUAAGACUCAUGAUAAUCGGGCAUUUGCCAGCCUUGGUGGGCAAGAGGCAAAAUCGGGACAAAAACAGCCCUAUAAUCUUUAUGUGUGUACCAGGCUUAAGAAUACCUAUGAGAUGAAAUAAAACAAUAUUUUGCAUAUCUGCAAACUUUUGGCAAACGGGAGGGGGAUUUGCAGCCGCGCUUGUAAAUGUUUAGUAAAGUUAUGAAUUUUAGUAAUGGACAGACGACUUCCCCCUAAAGAGAAACUGAUCUGCAGCUGCUCUGUAUCAUAUGUGAAGUGACGGUCACAACAUGAUUUAUCCUACGAGUUUGAAUUAAAUAGUACUGUAUAUCUGUGUACUUUGUUAGUCAUCACAGAGUAAGUUUCUACCACCUCUGGUUGUCAUGGUGACCACAGUGUUUUUGUCAGCAUGAAAACAUUAACAUGUUUCUCCAAGUUCUACAAAUAAAUA